AUGGGGUCAAGAUAUAUUCUAUGCAUUCUUUGGCAUUCAUUCAUAUCUCGAUUCGAUUUUAAAUCGAUUCUCAAAUCUCAAUUUGAUCUUAUAUGUAAAUAUAUUCGACCCGAACAAAUUGUAACACUUAUUCUAUCUGAUGACAUUGAUACACCAUAUCAGUUCGAACUUUUUUUAUCGAUAUAUAAUAUAGAACGUGAUUUUUCUCAUCUUCGUUCACUGGUAUUACUCGAAUCAGUAUUUAAAAUGACACUUACCACUACCGAGAAUUAUAACAAAUUAGGACGUCAUCCAUCAUACAAAUAUCGUUAUUUCUCCGCACAAGAUAGAUAUAGAAACUAUGGUUUAACUUAUAGUGCUAUUUCAUCUCAAAUUUCUACUCUCAAUAACUACAUAUCGUACGAUGAUAAUACUUCAUUAUCAAAUCAGAAAUAUUUAAAAAUAUCUCUUCGAAAUCAUCCAUUCCAACAAAUGAAACGAAUAUUUCAAUCAUGUAAAAAAUUAAUUGAACUGCAUGUCAACAUCCUUCGAGCUCAACACAAACAAGGAUAUCGUACAAUAUCGCGUGUACAACUUGAAGAAUUACUCUCUAGUAUUCCUCAUCUAGAACAGCUCGAGCUUGAGAUUUCGGCAGAUAUUGAUCUUAUCGAUGGUAAUCAAUGGGAAAUAUUCUUGACUCGUCAUUUAACUAAUCUUAUUACUUCUGAUUUUAAAUUUGAUUUACAUCAAUAUGAAUAUAAUAAUAUUCUAUUGAAUACAUUUCGCUCUUCUUUUUGGCUUAACAUAAAACGUUGGAUUGUUGUAUCAGAUCCUAUUGAUUCUAGUUUCAAAACUGUACCUUGUUUUGCUCGAAAAAGCAUUCACUUUUCGAACGAUUAUUCUCAACCAACAACAACAGAUGAUUCAUUACCUUCCUUUGACCGUUAUAUGUAUAUUCGUGAAAUAACUUUAAGUUCAUUUAUAAAUAAUGAUUGGAUUGAACGACUUGGGUCUAUUGUUAUUUUUAAUCAAAUUGAAGAACUCAAUAUUGGUAGAAAUCAGCUUUUAGAAAUCUUAAUAAAAGUCAAACCUGUAAUGCCUCAACUAAAACGACUUAUUGUUUCUUGUCUUUCAUUGAAUACAUUAUGA